AUUAGUGCCAAGCUUGUUCAAAGGACAAAUAACCAGUUGGAAUUGUACCUCAACACAUGAUUCUCUCAUCGUUGGAGUUAUUGACCAUUUAAUAUCAAAAUUCAGUUCGUAGCAUCCAUUCUCACAGUGAAAAAAGAGAAUCACAUCUCCAACCAACACUCUCUCUCUCUCUCUCUCUCCCCCCAUAAACGCUAGCUCUGUCCGACCUCUCGCCUCCUUCGACACCCGUUCUCUGAUAGAUUCAUGACGAUGAAUGAGCGGAAGACGAUUGACUUGGAGCAAGGAUGGGAGUUCAUGCAGAAGGGGAUCACCAAGCUGAAGAACAUUUUAGAAGGGCUGCCCGAGCCACAGUUCAGCUCUGAGGACUACAUGAUGCUCUACACGACCAUCUACAACAUGUGUACUCAAAAACCGCCACACGACUACUCCCAGCAACUGUACGACAAGUAUCGCGAAUCUUUUGAGGAGUACAUUAGUGCAAUAGUGCUGCCAUCCUUGAGAGAGAAGCAUGAUGAAUUCAUGUUGAGGGAACUUGUUAAGAGAUGGUUGAACCAUAAAGUUAUGGUCAGGUGGCUAUCUCGAUUCUUCCAUUAUCUUGAUCGCUACUUUAUAGCUCGGAGAUCACUUCCGCCCCUUAACGAAGUUGGACUCAUUUGUUUCCGUGACCAGGUCUACCAGGAAUUAAAUGGAAAAGUGAGGGAUGCUGUGAUAUCUCUGAUUGAUCAAGAACGCGAGGGAGAGCAGAUUGACCGAGCUUUAUUGAAGAAUGUCUUGGACAUAUUUGUUGAAAUUGGAAUGACACACAUGGAUCACUAUGAAAAUGACUUUGAAGAGGCCAUGCUUAAAGAUACUGCUGCUUAUUAUUCCCGGAAAGCAUCAAACUGGAUUCUGGAAGAUUCUUGUCCUGAUUAUAUGUUAAAAGCUGAAGAGUGUCUAAGACGGGAGAAAGAUAGAGUUUCUCAUUACUUGCAUUCAAGCAGUGAGCCCAAGUUACUCGAGAAAGUUCAACAUGAGUUGUUGUCUGUAGUUGCCAACCAGCUUCUUGAGAAAGAGCAUUCUGGAUGCCAUGCGCUGCUUAGAGAUGACAAGGUAGAAGAUUUGUCAAGAAUGUUCAGACUUUUCUCUAAAAUUCCUAAAGGCCUAGAUCCUGUUUCUAGUAUAUUUAAGCAGCAUGUUACUGCUGAAGGUACAGCUUUGGUCAAGCAGGCCGAGGAUGCUGCAAGCAAUAAGAAGGCAGAUAAAAGGGAUAUAGUUGGUUUGCAGGAGCAGGUUUUUGUCAGGAAGGUGAUUGAGCUGCAUGACAAAUACGUAGCAUAUGUGAAUAAUUGUUUCCAGAAUCAUACUCUCUUCCGCAAGGCACUCAAGGAAGCAUUUGAAAUCUUCUGCAAUAAGUGUGUGGCUGUAAGCUCUAGUGCGGAGCUACUAGCCACCUUUUGUGACAAUAUUCUUAAGAAAGGUGGGAGUGAGAAACUAAGUGAUGAAGUCAUUGAAGAAACGCUGGAAAAGGUAGUAAAGCUGCUUGCUUAUAUAAGUGACAAAGAUUUGUUUGCUGAAUUCUAUAGGAAAAAACUUGCCCGGCGGCUUCUUUUUGAUAAGAGUGCUAAUGAUGACCACGAGAGAAGCAUUCUGACAAAGCUAAAGCAGCAAUGUGGUGGUCAAUUCACCUCAAAAAUGGAGGGAAUGGUUACGGAUUUGACACUGGCAAGAGAGAAUCAAACCAGUUUUGAGGAGUAUUUAAGUAACAAUUCUCAAGCAAAUCCAGGGAUUGAUUUGACAGUUACUGUUUUGACAACUGGCUUUUGGCCUAGUUACAAGUCCUUUGAUCUCAAUCUUCCUGCAGAGAUGGUUAAAUGCGUUGAAGUUUUCAAGGAAUUUUAUCAGACGAAGACGAAGCACAGAAAGCUCACUUGGAUAUACUCAUUGGGUACUUGUAAUCUUAUUGGAAAGUUUGAACCCAAAACCAUGGAGCUAAUUGUGACAACUUAUCAGGCUUCUGCCCUCUUGCUUUUCAAUUCUGCGGACCGGUUGAGUUAUUCAGAAAUAGUGUCUCAGUUAAACUUGACCGAUGAUGAUGUUGUUAGAUUGCUACAUUCUCUCUCGUGUGCAAAAUAUAAAAUACUUAACAAAGAGCCAAAUACAAAAACAAUCUCUCCUACCGACUACUUCGAGUUCAACUCCAAGUUCACUGACAAGAUGAGGAGGAUUAAGAUUCCUCUCCCUCCUGUGGAUGAAAAGAAGAAAGUAAUUGAAGAUGUUGACAAGGACAGACGAUAUGCCAUUGAUGCCUCAAUUGUGCGCAUCAUGAAAUCACGGAAAGUUUUGGGACACCAACAAUUGGUCAUGGAAUGUGUCGAACAGUUAGGUCGCAUGUUCAAGCCUGAUUUUAAGGCUAUUAAAAAGCGAAUUGAAGAUCUGAUUACUCGAGAUUAUCUUGAACGUGACAAAGAUAACCCCAACUUGUUCAGAUACUUGGCAUGACAUGCCCUUGCUAUUCAGCCUGAAGGAAUGGUGAAUUGUGUUCUGCGAAUUUCACGUCAUAAGUGUCGGUGCUUGGGGAAAGGAGAACGAACAUAUGUAAAUGCUACUACCAUAUGAAUCCUCUUUUGGUGAUUGUUUAGAAAGAACUGGAGGAUACUUGUAAAUUUUGCCCAAGGUCAGGUUUGGAGAAUUUCCACAAGCUGUCUGUCCACAAUGGAGAGGUUUGAAGCACCAACACAACCAUCCUCUUCGUCGUUUUGAUGCGAGCCCAUCCCAUGACAUUUAGUACUUUUUGUUAAUUUGCUCCUUUGCCAAGCCUCCAAAGAACCAAAGAAAAUGUAUUUUAAUCCUGCUCGGGUUCAUGUUGAUAUAUCCUGUAGAAGUUACAGGUGAAUGGUCUGUCAUGUAACGCAAGCAUCGAAUGUUAUGGAUUUGUCCAUAUAUUUUAUGUGAUUCUGUAACUUAUUUUCUCGUACACAUUGAUCGAAUUAAGUUGAGCUAGUGUGAUAAGAUGCUAA